CCUCGUUGCGGCGGGCGAGAGGCGGGGCGGGGCGCGGUGUAUAUAAGACGAGGGGCGGGCGCCGCUCUUUUGUCUCUUGCUGCAGCAACGCGAGUGGGAGUACCUGGAGCGCGAGCUCGGAACGAGAAUCCACGGCCACCCAUUAUCGCCUUGGUUCGCCCAUCAGAGUUGUAAGAAAAUGGCAGACAAGCCGGACAUGGGGGAAAUCGCCAGCUUCGAUAAGGCCAAGCUGAAGAAAACCGAGACGCAGGAGAAGAACACCCUGCCGACCAAAGAGACCAUUGAACAGGAAAAGAGGAGUGAAAUCUCCUAAAAGCCUAGGAAGAUUUCCCCACCCCACCCCUUCAUCUCCAAGAACCCCCUCGUGAUGUGGAGGAAGAGCCACCUGCAAGAUGGACGCGAGCCACAAGCUGCACUGUGAACCCGGGCACUCCGCGCCGAUGCCACCGGCCCGUGGGUCUCUGAAGGGGACCCCCCCACUAAUCGGACUGCCAAAUUUCACCGGUUUGCCCAGGGAUAUUAUAGAAAAUUAUUUGUAUGAUUGAUGAAAAUAAAACACACCUCGUGGCA